AUGGAUGAAUCUCCUCCCGAGUCGUCGUCCCGGGUAAUCAAGCUCAAGGGGCUGUUCGGGCUUUUGAUCGACACCCAAGACGAGACAGUGAUCCGGCCCUCGACGAUGCCGUUCCCUCACCUCCAAGCCAAUCCCAACUUUGUGGAUGGCGUAGCUUCCAGGGACGUGGUCAUAAGCGACAGUCCCUCCAUCUGGGCCCGGGUGUUCCUCCCCGAGAAGGCCAGCCUCGUCCGCGAUGACAAAGCUUUCAAGAAAGUCCCAGUGAUCCUCUACUUCCACGGCGGUGCCUUUGUGAUCCUCAGCCCCGACAUCGCUUUCUACCACCAGUACUGCGAGAAGGUCGCCAGAAAGACAAAUGCGGUGGUGGUGUCGGUGGACUACAGGCUGAUCCCAGAGAAUCGUCUUCCUGCUGCCUACGACGACGCCUUCACGGCUCUGAGCUGGUUGAAGACUCAGGCCACCGCUGGAAACGAGCUCGUCGACCCGUGGCUGGCGACGUACGCGGACUUUGGCAAGAUCUUCCUUAUGGGCGACAGUGCCGGAGCCAACAUCGUCCACCAUCUUUCAGUGCGAGCUUCUUCGAGUGACUUGGAGCCGCUGGCGAUCAGAGGACAGAUUUUGGUGCAGCCGAUGACAGGGGGCCCGGACAGGCUGCGCUCGGAGGUUGUGGGUGCUAAGAACGGAUCAUUCUCCUUCCAGACCAACGACUGGUUGUGGAGACUGGCUCUUCCCAAAGGCUCCGACAUGUCUCAUCCGUAUUGCAAUCUCCCGGCGGCUGUUAUGGAGCUGGCAAAGGUUCCUCUGCCUCCGGCUCUGGUGGUGCUGGGAGGAGUAGACUGGAUGCACGAUAGGCAGUUUGAGUACGUCGCUUCGUUGAGGAAGACCAAAAAGGAGGUGGAGCUUCUCGACUAUGAGAAAGCUAAGCAUGGCUUCUUCAUCUACGAUACCGAGGAGACAGGCAAUUUCCUUCGAGCACUGGCUGGCUUCGUCACCAAGCGCUCCAGGGAGGCUAGAGCAUGA